GACGAGCAGACGCCGUGAGGUGCGAGCGGAGUGAGGCGGAGGCGCCGCCAAAAUGGCGUACCAGACCUUCCGGCAAGAAUACCUGCAGGUGCCUCCCGUCACCCGGGCCUACACCACCGCCUGCGUCCUCACUACCGCCGCCGUGCAAUUAGAAUUAAUCACACCAUUUCAGCUGUACUUCAACCCUGAACUGAUAUUUAAACACUUUCAAGUAUGGAGGCUAAUUACGAACUACCUUUUCUUUGGACCAGUUGGCUUUAACUUUUUGUUUAAUAUGAUAUUUUUAUAUCGCUACUGCCGAAUGCUGGAAGAAGGUUCGUUCCGAGGCCGGACGGCGGACUUUGUAUUUAUGUUCCUUUUCGGUGGGCUGUUGAUGACCCUCUUUGGCUUGUUUGUCAACCUGGUUUUCCUUGGCCAGGCCUUCACGAUCAUGCUAGUGUAUGUCUGGAGCCGCAGGAACCCUUUUGUCCGCAUGAACUUCUUCGGGCUUCUCAUUUUCCAGGCCCCCUUCCUUCCAUGGGUGCUCAUGGGAUUUUCACUCCUACUGGGAAACUCCAUUAUUGUCGACCUCCUAGGUAUUGCUGUAGGCCACAUAUAUUUUUUCUUGGAAGAUGUCUUUCCAAAUCAGCCUGGGGGAGGAAAACUUCUAAAAACACCUUCAGUUCUGAAAGCAAUAUUUGACACACCAGAAAAUGAUCCCAAUUAUAACCCACUGCCGGAAGAGCGGCCCGGAGGUUUCGCCUGGGGCGAAGGUCAGCGUCUCGGAGGCUGACUAGAGACUUCUUGGCCGAUACGCAACAGACACCUUUGCGGAGAGACAAAAGACCCAUCGAAGAGACUGUCUUGUUAUCUUGUGGGUAAAGGAAGUGUCGACAGCUCUACUGCUCUGAGCGACGAAGCAUUUUUUCCCCCCAGAAAAGGAGGGAGAAAUUGGUGUUCUGCUCAAAAGACCUUUUCCAGGAAAUUGACUGGAACAUCCAGUGGCCUCAUGGGAGCUUUUAUUGCAUUGAUGGGUUCCGGAACGAAUGAUCCACACCAAGAAAACAAAGGAACUGAAAAUACAACUUCCUCAGCUCAUUUAACAAGGUCGUCAGUUUUCGUGUAAAAAGCAAACCAAACAAUGUUUCUAAGGCAUUUUUAUUUCCGUUUUAUUUGAUACAGGAACUUGGAGAACUUCAAAAGAUGAAUAAAACUUUUGAUUUUCCCAUUUUGAA